UACAGUAGAUGAAAGGCGCGGCAAAAGAUCCCAAAACAAACUGUUUCAUUGACUUUUGCCCUUUUAUUUGAGCAAACAACCUCCUAGAGUCAAAAUGAAAAAUAUUACAGUUUGGCUUUUUACGGCGUAUGUAUUUGCAUUGAUGAUAGCUGAAAUAUACACCAAAGAAGGUCGUGAGGAAGAUUCUAUGGAUGGAGAAGAUAAACAGUAUUUUUCAAUCACCACAAUGGAGAAUAUUCCAAUAAAGAAUUUUCAUCGACAAAUACGUGAGAGCCUUGUAUUUGAAGAGGAUGACUUUGAUCCUAAUGGAGGAUAUGGGUCAUGGUCGAAAUGGAGUCCUUGCAGUAAAAGCUGUGGAAAAGGUCAACGAACCCGCAGACGAACUUGUCAUGACGUCACAAGGUGUCAUGCUGGGAAUGUGGAGUUACAGAAUUGCCAUCUCAAGAAAUGCAGAUCUUGAUUAAUUAAUUUGUUUUUUGAAUUAGAAAACUGUC